AAAACAAUCGGCUACAUCGGCCUCGGCAACGCCGGCUACCUCAUGUCUUCUAACCUCCCCAGACAAUCCUACAACCUGAUCGUCCACGACGCCAAUGCCGCUCUUCCCGCUCGCGCCGCUGCUUCCUGGCCCAACACCAGCGUCGCGGACACCUCGGAUCCAGCCACGGCGUUCGCAACAUGCGACCUGCUCAUCACCAUGCUUCCCAACGGACACAUUGUGCGGGACGUGCUACUCGGCAAGGAUGGUAGCCAGGGAUUUGCCGCCGGACUGAAGAAGGGAACGGUAGUGAUCGAUACAUCUUCCUCCUCACCAUACCACACGCAGACUCUCGGCAAAGACCUAGCCGAACUGGGAAUCGUACUAGUCGACGCACCGAUCACGCAGACGUAUAUGCACGCCACAGACUUCGGGGAGUCCACCCUCAUGGUCGGGUGUGAUGAUCUCGUCGUCUUCUCGCGGGUCGAGCCAGUGCUGAAAUGUAUGGCGAGCUACAUCUUCCACACGGGCGGUCUCGGCUCCGGCCACGCGAUGAAGACUUACAACAACUACAUCAUGGCGUCUUCGAUCGUGGCGUUGUGCGAUAGUCUGGUGAGCGGACAGAAGCAAUUCGGCCUCAAACCGGCGAUGAUGUUGGAUGUGUUGAAUGUCGGGACGGGAGUGUGUUUUCCUACGCUCAAAACGUUCCGACGGGAUGGGUUGACGAGAAGGUACAAUUCGGGGUUCGGAUUGGGGCUCUUGGUGGAGGAUUUGGGCAUUACGGAGGAGGUG